CCACAGGCUCAGGAGAAGACAAAGGUACUCUAGAAUGGAUUUACGGCGGUAGUCACCGUUAGUUGAGAUGGUCAGAUUGAUGUUUUUCUACUCGGAUGCUGUUUAGCGUCGCUUCUGCUCCAGCAUCAUGGCAACCAUCGGGGAAUUCGACCCACUCAACACAAGAGUCCCUGCAACUAAAAUAGAAGUUACCGUCUCGUGCCGGAAUCUUCUGGAUGUGGAUACUUUCUCGAAGUCUGAUCCUGUGGUGGUUCUAUAUCUGCAGGCUAUAGGAACCAAAGAGUGGAGGGAGUCUGGCCGGACAGAGGUGAUCGAUAACACCCGGAAUCCUGAUUUUGUCCGAAAGUUUGUCUUGGAUUUCUUCUUUGAAGAAAAACAAAGUAUAAGGUUUGACGUGUAUAAUGUGGACUCUCGGAGCUGCAACAUUUCCAAGCACAAGGACUUUUUGGGACAGACGUUUUGCACCCUUGGAGAAAUUAUUGGUUCCACCGGAGGGCAUCUGGAGAAAACUCUCUCUGGAAUUCCAGGAAAGAAGUGUGGGGUCAUUAUCCUAACUGCUGAGGAGCUCAGCAACUGCAGGGAUAUUGCUACUAUGCAGUUGUGUGCCAACAAGCUGGAUAAGAAAGAUUUUUUUGGCAAGUCAGACCCCUUCCUGGUUUUCUAUCGCAGCAACGAAGAUGGAACAUUCACCAUCUGCCAUAAAACAGAGGUGAUCAAGAACACGCUGAACCCAGUGUGGCAGCCCUUCACCAUCCCUGUUCGAGCUCUCUGCAACGGCGACUAUGACAGGACUGUAAAAAUAGACGUCUAUGACUGGGAUCGAGACGGAAGCCAUGACUUCAUUGGCGAGUUCACCACCAGCUACAGAGAGCUGUCCCGGGGACAGAACCAGUUCAACGUCUAUGAGGUUUUAAAUCCCAAGAAGAAGGGCAAAAAGAAGAAGUAUGUCAAUUCAGGAACUGUAACUCUGCUGUCCUUCAAAGUGGAGUCUGAGUACACCUUUGUGGAUUUCAUCCGAGGAGGGACGCAGCUGAACUUCACUGUUGCUAUAGACUUUACAGCAUCAAAUGGUAAUCCAUCGCAGCCCACCUCCCUCCACUAUAUGAGCCCCUACCAGAUGAAUGCAUAUGCCAUGGCCCUGAAAGCAGUGGGUGAGAUUAUCCAGGACUAUGACAGUGACAAGCUCUUUCCUGCCUAUGGCUUUGGCGCUAAGCUGCCCCCUGAUGGCAAAAUCUCCCAUGCUUUCCCACUGGGUAGCAAUAAUGAUAAUCCAAACUGCGUGGGCAUCGAUGGCGUCAUGGAGGCCUACUUCCAGAGCCUAAGAACUGUACAGCUCUAUGGACCUACCAACUUUGCACCUGUCAUAAACAAAGUGGCAAACUGUGCAUCAGAGAUAACAGAUGGCUCGCAGUACUUUGUCCUGUUGAUGAUCACAGAUGGAGUCAUAUCUGACAUGGUCCAAACCAAAGAGGCCGUGGUCAAUGCAGCAUCACUCCCACUGUCUAUAAUCAUCGUAGGUGUAGGGCCCGCUGAGUUUGAUGCAAUGGAAGAGCUGGAUGGAGAUGAGGUGAGAGUAUCCUCCAGAGGGCGCCUCGCUGAGAGAGACAUUGUGCAGUUCGUUCCCUUCCGAGACUACGUGGACAGAUCUGGAAACCAAGUCCUCAGUAUGGCGCGGCUCGCGAAGGACGUCCUCGCUGAGAUCCCCGACCAGCUUUUGUCCUUCAUGAAGAGUCGAGGAAUUGAACCAAGACCAUGCAUCUCUUCCUCGCCCCUUCCAUAACAGCACAAAGUGAUCCUGCCUGAUUCCCCCUCCCUCCACCUAAAACUUUAUCCUCCUUUUUGACACCUCCACUACCAACAGUGAAGUCACUCUGCCACGCAGUAGUGAACAAAAGCAUCCUUCCUUCUCACCAGUCAAGUUCAAGCGCAGCAAAGCAUUAACACCAAGUCCUGGCUUUACUUGCAAAUGUGUACUACAACUUUGCAUUAUAUUAAUUCCUAAUCAUAUAUGAGAUGAUAGACAUAAAAUAAAAGCAGAAAUUUGGGGGAGAGGGGGCGAGGAGCGCGGGAUUGUAAAUUCAAACUUUACAAUAUAAAUUCACCUGAAUCAAAUAGAAUUAGUAAACUAUAUGAAUAUCUAAUUGUAUCUUCAUUCUUACAAAUAAACACUUAGACACACACACUCGUAAUUCGUUUUGCCACACCCACUCAUCCUUUCGCUGCGUGAAGUGAUGCAGAUUUGCCCUCCCGCUGUUAGAGAAAUGCCAUUCUCCCUCUCUGGCUGCCCUGGAGAGAGGAAGUGGAGGAGGAGGAGGUGUAGAGAGUGAAUUGAAAAGUGAGGCAGGUGCAAGAGAGCAAGGAGACAAGUGAGGAGGAAUAAAGGAGUAUUUGGAGACUUUGACUUGAUGCCUGAAACGAGGAUGGAGGAUGUUGGAUGAUGGGAAGUGGGAAUGACAAUGAAGGUCACAAAAGGCACACAUUUCUCUUUCUGACUGGCAUUUUUGUGGGGAAGAGACGCUCCCUGGUGGACAAAUGCACAUUCUUUGAAAGGCAAUAGACUUGAAUCUGAGUGUAGAUUGUCCUAUGCAUGCCUCCACUACUGUUUAUCCAUCCUCCACGACUUGAUUGGGUGUCGGAAACUGAGCUGUGAACAAAGGUCGCCCACUUGUGACCAUCAUUUGUACCAGACAAGUAUCUGUAUUAUGCAUGCAAACUACUAUGAUCAUCACAGACAGUAGUUAAAACAGUAGUGAUGAAAUGACUUAAUACUAAGUCAAAUUCAAUCAACCAGGUGUAUUUUUUAAAACGUAUUUUUCAGCGUAAAGAUGGUGGCUCAACAGGAUGCUGUAAACAUUCGUGCAAGUAUAUGAAUCAAUUUUAAAACCUUGUAUUCUUGAUAAUAUAAAAGAUGUUGUCCUUGCGUCUCUUGCAUGUUGGGAAUAAUUGUCUAAGUAUUCCAAAUAGUUUGAUCACGGCUGUAUUCUGACUUAAAUUAGCCUGUGGUCUUUAUUUAACAAUAGAAUACUUUUUUCUGUCUCAUCAUUGGCUUAUGCACGAAUAGAAAUGCCCAUACAUAGAUUUCUUGUACAGAAAAUCAAGUUUUAAUUCAUUAGGUUAUAUGCUUGAAACCAAAACUGGUUUAGGCGCUCGGUAGCAAGACAUAAAACUUUUUUAUUCUGUGUAAUGUUGAGUCUAUAUUGUAUUUUGGUGUAAUAAAUGUUUGGACUGCUUAA